AAGAAACUUGGGCCGCGACGCCGGGCGGCAUCCACAUACCACAAGGAGUUGUACGCCAUCGUGGAAUCGGUACAAAAAUGGCGCCAGUACCUCCUUGGACGGGAAUUUGUGCUACGAAGUGAUCAGCGGAGCUUGAAAGAUCUUCUCGGCCAGGUAAUUCAAACCCCGGAGCAGCAACUUUACAUACGGAAAUUAAUGGGGUUUAAAUUCCGAAUUGAAUACAAAUCAGGUGCAUCAAACCGGGUGGCCGACGCCCUUUCCCGCCGCGAGUCUCCCGAUCCUGUGGCUCCAGAUGAAUCUGCCAAGCUCUUCCUGGCCUACGCACAGCCCCUGCCAAUGCUACUAGAUGAUCUUCGCAGGGAAAAUAAGGAGUGCGCAGAUUACACGGACCUGCACUCGGCCGUAACUGCUGGGGCAGCUCCUCCGCACAUCUCAAUUCAUAAUGGGCUGUUAUACUAUAAACAUCGACUAUACAUCAGCCCCGAAUCACCCCUAUGUCACACCUUGCUCCACGAGUUUCACAGUACCCCUCUGGCAGGUCACCAAGGCGUCGACAGAACCUUCAAACGCCUUGCGGAGGUCUUUUACUGGCGCGGCAUGCGUCGCGACGUUCGACAGUAUGUGGCAGCUUGUGUUCCCUGCCAAACAACUAAAUACUCGACACAAAAGCCUGCUGGACUCUUACAACCGCUUCCUAUCCCUGACCGCACAGAAGUCAUGAAUCGCGGCCUCGAACAGUAUCUCCGUGCUUUUACGUUCGAACGCCCGAAUAGAUGGGCUACUCUCCUCCCAUGGGCAGAAUUGGCCCUUAAUUGUGGACACCAUGCGGGUCUUAACAUGUCACCAUACCAAGCAUUAUACAGCCGGCCUCCUCCGCAUCUUUUCCCGACGUUGUCAACUCGUGCUCACACUCCAGCCGUCGAAGAACUAUUACGCGAGCGGGCAGCGGUUUUGGAGGAUAUACGGCGCAAUCUCGCCAAAAUGCAGCAACGCAUGCGUGAGCAUGCCAACCUGCACCGCCGCGACGUCACUUUCAAGGUGGGUGACCAUGUCCUCCUCAAACUCCAGCAGUUCCGUCAGCACUCCCUCGCCCGUCCGCGAUCGGCCAAGCUCGCUCGCCGCUACUAUGGACCAUUUGAGGUGAUCGAGCGCAUUGGGCCGGUGGCUUAUCGACUUCGACUUCCGGAGGGCUGCCGCAUUCAUGACGUGUUCCACGUCUCUUUACUACGGCCAUUUUUCUCUGGCCAACAGCCGCCACCCACCCCAUCUCUACCAGCGACUAUCACACGAGGCCAGGCAGCGUCGUACGGUGCUUGUGAAUGGCCGCCCACAAGAGCAGUGCCUCAUUCGUUGGUCCGACGAUGAAGGCGCAACGGCGACUUGGGAGCCCAUAGCACACCUCCGACAACAUUUUCCAACUCUCGACCUUGAGGACAAGGCCGUUUCCAUCCCGGGGGAGUUGAUACGGGCCUAACAUCACACGAAGAGUUAUUGGAGACCGAACCCAACGAUACUGGGCCUACACAAGAAGCCCAUGCAGAGCAUGACGAUGAUCAAGAAGACGUCCAAGGAGCGGGACGACCGAAGCGGAAUAAACGACGUCCUCUACGUUACGAUGAUUACGUCUAAUAUUUGAUUUUGUUCUUUUUACAUUUGUAACUUAGAUUUUGUUAGGUGGACAAAUUAUAAGUCCCUUCAAGGGUUUUCUUUUCGGUUCUUUCCCUUGACGCUUUUCUUGAACCGACAGGAUUAGGAUUAGGGUUUCUCUCUCACUAUAUAAAGAGAAGACCCCUUACUUUAUCAAUCAAGCAAUAAUACAAGUUUAGUUUAGUUUAGUUUUAUCUCUCUCUCCUCCACGGACGAACUCCCAGGGACAAUCCAACGUUGCCGCCUAGGGUUUCUCGUUCCUUUGCCGACAAGUUCCCUUAUCAGGCUCCUGUUUUCACACCUUGGAACACAGGGCAGUCGCCGAUGGGGUGCCGGAGUUUUUGAAGAACUCUGUCAUAUUCUGGUGAUGGGAUGGUAGGAGCUCGCUAGGUGCACUCGAUAUUCUGCACCGAGCCUCUCCGAAUCCAGUUUGAUGUGAAAUGUGAAGGAAGGUACUCUUAUAUUUUCAGGGAUUCAAUGGAUGCUAUUACAGUUUAUUAACAGGCACUUGUUCUAUUUAUUUAUGCAACAUUCGUGUGCCAGAUUUCCGUUUAUCUAGUCUGCAAGCAUUUGGUGAUUCAU